UUCAAAAUCCACAGCCCACAUUUCGUGCUGUCAAAUUGACAGCCCGUCCAACGAACUUCCUGAAUUCACAUAAAUCGUUCUUUCAUUUUUCAAUCGUUGAGCCGAAUCACUCGGUUAAAGAAGUGAAAAAAUGGUCAACGGACGUAUACCGUCUGUCUUCUCGAAGACAUAUGUGACACCACGUCGCCCUUAUGAAAAGGCACGUUUGGAUCAGGAGUUGAAAAUCAUUGGUGAAUAUGGUUUGCGCAACAAGCGUGAGGUCUGGCGUGUCAAGUACGCUUUGGCUAAAAUCCGUAAAGCUGCUCGUGAGCUGUUGACUCUGGAUGAGAAAGACGAGAAGAGAUUGUUCCAAGGUAACGCUUUGUUGCGUCGUUUGGUACGUAUUGGUGUGUUGGAUGAAUCCCGCAUGAAGCUCGAUUACGUGUUGGGUUUGAAAAUUGAAGAUUUCUUGGAGCGUCGCCUGCAAACUCAAGUCUUCAAAUUGGGUUUGGCCAAGUCCAUCCAUCAUGCUCGCGUUCUCAUUCGUCAAAGACACAUUCGCGUUCGCAGACAAGUGGUAAACAUUCCAUCGUUUGUCGUGCGUUUGGACUCGCAGAAGCACAUUGAUUUCUCACUGAAAUCGCCCUUCGGUGGUGGCCGUCCAGGUCGCGUGAAGAGGAAGAACAUGAAGAAGAACCAAGGAGGCAGUGGUGGUGCUGCUGAAGAAGAGGAAGAUUAAACUAUUUUUUAUUAAAUUACACAAAUUGUGUAUGACAACAUUUAAUAAAUAGUGUUUCUCUU